CGCGUUAUACGUUUUGUUUACAUCACAAACAUCAUGUGACCGACGAGCUCACAACCCAUGUGACUCCGUUGGUAAUAUUUUGAGCGAUUAGAAAAAGCAGAGGCUGUUGGCUCGAGACCUCAAGAAGCACAUGACUUUUAUUUACGGAUUCGAAACACAGUCGUAAAGCUCAAGAAUAAGCCUCUUUUAGAUAUCGUGCGUGGAUUCAAUCGAGACCCAAUGGCGUGGACGAAACUGAGGGCAUGAUGUAGGGCGAUGGCACUCUUGAAUAAGCUCUUCCCCAACAAAAGGAGCAAAUCCCGACCCCACUUCGCCCUUUUCGGCCGCAACGAUGAUACCGACGAGAGCUGGGUGCCUUUUGCUUUUGGCCCAGAUCAAGUCAGGGUGUUGCUCUUUAGGGAGUGCGAGCUACGGCGACGCAAGAUUUUGUUCGACUCCAGCUCGGUGCAGAAAAUUGCCAUAGAGUCCAACAAAGUAAGCAGAAAAUUUCCCUCGCUGCUGAGGAGUGAAACGAAGAAGACUGAUCCUGUAUUUGUAGAAGUUACUAAUGGCUUUGGCUAUAAGUACACACGUCCCACCGAAAUCAUCGAUUUGGCCGCGAUUAGUGACAUGAUUUUCGGGACAGUGCCCCUCAACUUCCAAGGUGCUUCCAUGAAAAUGCACUGUUUGCAGAAUCCACACCGCCUCAUGUGCACCAAAGUCUUUCCAUCACCAAGUGCUUCCAGCCAGCACUCCCAGCAGAAGAACAGCGAUGAUUCUGUUGGUUGUGCCUCUGGCGUCUCCUUUGGAGAGUCCAUUGUCAUGAAUCUUAGCUUGGAAGGGGCAAACCUCGACAAGAAAGCCAGUGAGGGGGACAGUGGAUUCUCCGGCGCAGCGUCGUUUAAGUCGGCCAGCCUGGGCAGCAACUACAACAACUCCUGGUCGCUCGGGGAGCCGCAGCCCGACUCGCGAGAAUCAUCAUUCAAUAGCGUUGGAUCCUGGCUCCCCAGUCACUCAAGCGGUAGUCUCAGCAGUUUACAAAGGCGGUUUCUAAAACACGUUGCAACUUCCAUGGAAAAUGCCGAAGAACUGCCCAAUUUUUCCCCAAGUAAGGACGCGAAAAGGAGCAAACUUGGUUUGGCCGUUGUCGUUCGCUUCUCUGGCAAUGAGGAUUUGGACCAGAACCAGCAGGAUUUUUUCUUUGAUCACAUGCCAGUGUUGGAUAGUAUUAUUAGGCGUAUGCACGCGGUGGUUGAGAAAGCGUAUUGCAACAGAGAGCGUUACGUCCACCUAAUGAAAGCAGGUGCUGAUGAGCUGCAGGAGUCGGUUGCCAACCUCUUCUCGUCCCCUCGGCUGCCCCGGCCAGUUUGGCUGGGUUUGAUGACUGCCUCUUCAGAAAAAGCCCACACGUCCCUUGCUCAAACAUUCCUCAACGACCUUUGCCUUCUACUUGCCUCUCUAGAUACAAAAUCUGCUCAUUUUUUUGUCAGCACUCUAGUCACAGCCGUCCUAACGUACCACCUUGGUUGGGUUAGUACAGUUUUGCCUGGGACCGCUCCACCUUUGAAUAGACAGCACCUCAGCUCUCCCAACAAAAUGUUGGAUUCUCUUGCCAAGUGCCACCCUUACAAUGCGUUGUGGGCGCAGUUCGGCGACCUAAAGGGCGCCCUUGGUCAUCCAUUGCGAGUAGCGCGCACAAUAGUUACUGGCAGUGAGUCAGACAUACUUAAUCGCCUUGUACGGAUGCUCUCGUACUUCAUUCGCUGUGGUUCUGUCAGCAAGAAUUGCGAAGAAAGACUGAACAGCGAUGAUAGCUCGCAGGAUUUGCUCCUGCAGAGCAAUUGCAGCAAACCGCUGGCCUCCAAUGGCACCGAGGUAAGCACAUGCACCCUUGUGGGCCAGGAACCAUCUUUAGGUCUGCGGAGAAAUACUGGUGCCAGUGCAGUGAGCUCUCUAUACCCGAGUUUAUCGGACGUGGACAUCAUAUCAGACAAGGUGUCUCGCCUGUGUCGAGUGCCAGCUGAAGCUAUCAUGUGGCAUGUGAACAAUUUGUCAAGCCCGCAGCAAGCUAGAGUGGAAGCGGUGAAACAAAAUUCGGCCCCCAGUGAGGAAAGCAAGCUGGUGACUGAAGAAUUUGCAGAGCAUGGUGUUGUUUUUGUGGUUGGUGAUGAUGACAAGAUAGACAGUUCUCCUGACAGUGGCAGCGGGACAAUGGAGAAAUACGUCGCAGAAUUGAUAAAAGACUGUGCAGUAGAGUGUGUUGGCGAUUUCAGUGAAGACCAGGAAGGCCCUCGUUUGCUAGAGAUUCCAAUUCCUCCGUCGGAAGUCCGACUUCCUCAACCUUACAAUGGGUUUGCCGCCUCACUCAUGGGAUAUUCUUCUUUGACUUACAAUCCAGACUUGGUGGUCCAAGCGUGUACGCAAGAUUUGUCAGACUGGAGGGAGAAACUAAAAAGAGACCUGAUGCUGGCGUCUUACCAGCCACUGUUUGAAAAAGAGACUGUUGCUGAAGCGAUUUGCGUGUUGGGAAAUGUGAAUAAGUGGGAGGUUCAGAUUGUUUCUAGUCACACGUACAUAGCAGAGAGGAAUUCGAACAAUUUGGGCGUGCGUCAAGGAAUGUCUCAGCUGGUUGCCGACAUGCUCGAAUCCGUGCAUCACUUGUGGAAGUUUGGCACCCCACCUGAAUACUGCCUUCAACACAUCGAAUCAAAAUUGAGAGAAAUCUGCCUUCACAGCCACGCGCUGGCUCAGCUGCUCUUAGCCACCGAUUUGUGCGAAAUGACUCAACUUACAACUGCACUUAACCUGGAGGCCAACGAUGUGCCUCUACUGUUAGCAGUGGCAUCUACUCACACGCCAGAGGUCACACAACGCUACGGCCUUUCUUUUCAGUGAUUCGCACCACAUACUUGUUUUUAUAUAUUUAGUUGAUGUCCUUAACACAAUAAAAUGGCUUCUAAAU